UCUACCUACUACUUUAGUUUGUGUUUAAUCAUGGAACAAGAGAAAGUCUUCACAAAGCUGCAAGGCACUACAAAUUGGGGUUUAGAAUAUGAGCAGCUAAACAUUACCAACUUAACCAUAAAACUGGCAACAGAUGAUGAUGUCGUAGACUUCAAAAUAUCAUCAAAUGAUGGAAAGUAUCGUCCUUUUGAUGAUAUUGUCUGUGAAAUUGAAAAAAGAGAUGGUACUCUUCGUGAAUCUGAAAAAACCAACACGAAAAAAUACGCCAUACAGAUGAAGCAUGCCAAUGAAAGUGGAGAACUGACGAUCAACGAUCUUCAAAAGGGAAAGUUCAGUCUGUUGACAUAUUUUCAAAAAUUUCAAGACGCUACUCGUCAAAGCAACAACCUCAAUAACUUCAGUCUUAUACUCUACACUAACAGAAAUUUUGACGAUUCACAAAGAGAAGUUAGCAUUGGAUCCGGCGAGAAGAAAGUCGAACUGGUGAUACAAAAAUGCGAGCCAGAAAGACUACUGAAUACCGGAAAUCGAGGUUGCUGUUAUCAGUUUAUAGUUGUUGAUACGAAAGACAUCGAAAACAAGUGUUUAACAGAGUAUAAAAGAUUCUUUAACCAGUUCUUUUUAUAUACGGGACAGAUGGGCACAGAAGAACUGCGUUACAACAUGUUUGAACGUGAAUACAUGAAACAAGAAGGUAUUAAUGCAUACAACCAUUUUAUAAAAUGCUGGUGUGAGUGCGAAGAAGAGAAAUUUUUACUGGACAUACAUAUAAUUAAGGCAGCCUUAGCUCUCAAUUUACUUGGGCCAUACGUGAAACCUUUGCACUUUGGCAAUGUUGGAAAUACAGUAAGAACAGAGAUGUUGAAAGAAGCCUUGUCAGAACUUGUUUUAGUAAUUUUUGGAAAGAAGCAAGAAGAAAAAGUGAAGAAUCUUUGGCGUGACGCCAAAUCCAGGCUGGAAAAGAAAUUUCAAAACGACGAAAUAAAGAAGAAAUUAGAAGACAAUUUGAAGAAAUAUCUUUAUAUUGUCGCCCAAACUCAAGCAGAGGCAAGGAUUAACGAACUUAACAAUGAACAGUACACUAAACUCUUAUGGCUGUUAAAUGAGUGUCCUUUAAUAGUUGAAGCGAACAAUGUAAGUCGAAAAAUUAUCAAGACGCUGAAUUUAAACAAAAAAAUUAUUUUAUUAGAAGAGCGAUCGCAGCAGUUUACAAAACUGAAAGAUCUAACACACUACGAAGAUUUUGAAAAGAUCCUCAACAAUUUUUAUUGUUCCAUACAAGGCAAAAAUAACGUUCCGAUAAAAACGUUCGUCGAAAGUUGCGAUGAAAUGUUGGAAAUUGUCACCGUGAAUGAAUUGAUUGAUAUGGCAAACGACUCUCUAGUUAUUUGUAAAGAAGAAGAAAAGAUUUCGGAGCCUUAUAUACCUAGACUGUUGACAAGAACUAUAAUUAAACCUGACUUUUUAAAACACGAGCAAAAGGAUGCCCUAGUGGUGAUAACCUGCUGGAAAGAAAGUGAAUUAUUUCGAGGUUUGUCUUUAACUGAAGUCGGCAACGAAACUGAUGCUCCUCCAGAUGGUACGCUUUACAAAUGCAAAGAUGAAUUACUGGAACACGAAUUUGAGAAACUAUGUAAGAAAAAGGAUAAGUCUCAGGGUCAUCAGUUGAGAUUUACCAACGAUCAACAAUUGGAGUGGGUUCGUAGCAGGGGAGAUGUCACAGUUUUAAAAUCAUUUCAGGACAAUACGUCCACCAGUGAGGAAUCAGAUAUAUUAAACUGUGAGACAGAUAAUCUGAUUAAUAUUAUAAGCGCACAUCCUGGAAUGGGAAAAACUGAACUGAUGAUGAAUUUAAAGAAUAAUAAAAGCUCUAGCACCUCCUGGACCAUAAUGAUAUAUGUUAGAAAUCAUAACGAAUACUUCAAUAACAACAAAAGUGACGUAAAAGCUUUUAAAGAUUACAUUUUUGAGAGAGUCGAGCACAGACUGGGAAGCGGUGACCAUGAAUUUGAAUUAAAGUUUUUGUCUUUGGUAAGAGACUUUGGUUUUAUUGAUAUCAGAUUUAUUUGGGAUGGAUUGGAUGAGAUAUCCAACGAUCACUUGGAAAAUGUGCUGGAACUUAUUGACGGAUUGUCUAAAGAAGGGUCCAAGCACUGGAUUACAUCAAGAAAUCAUCUGAAGAAGAAGUUAGAAGAUAAGUUUAAAGUAUUAUCGAAAACCAUACAACCGUUUGGAGAAGCCAAACAAGAAGAAUAUAUUAGAAAGCGUCUGCAAGCCGUGGACGACGGUUCGGACAUCACUAAGACCGUAAUGAAAACCAUUAAUCAAUAUCGUUGCAAAGAUAUCUUAGGAAUUCCUUUACUGAUUUUUAUUCUGACAGACUUAUUUUUAAAAGAUAAAUCUAUAUUUGAAUCUACUUUUUCAAAUGAAGACGACUUUUCUCUGUACAAUCUCUACGAACACUUCAUUAGAGCAAAUAUUCGAUACCACUAUACUCAUAAACGAAGCUACAACAGCAAUAAUGAGUUUGAUGCUAAAGCGCUCAAAAAAGUAAUUGCAAAUAAGAUUAAAAAUUAUGAAAGAGUCGCUCUGAAAUUUUAUUUCCAAAGAAGUACAGAGUAUGAUGAAUUUUUAGAAGAAAUUAAAAGAUACAACGAUCCGAUAGGCAUUAUAACGAGAUGCGCGCGACGUGACGAUGGCGACUUAUCUCAUUCCACCUAUCUUGUCCACAUUUUAAUAUUUUUAUCAGUUUAA